AUGGAAAAUCUAACAGCCACUGGAAAGAUUGCAGGGAAAAGAGAUCGUGAAGUCCUUGUGUCACCUGCUGAAUAUCACCACAUAUCAACUACUACAAAGCAUUUUGUCAAUAAGUUUUCAGAUUAUUGUGAUGAUGGCUCUGCUUCAUCCACCUCACAGUUACUUGAUUCAUCUGAACAUUCAAUAUUGAGACAGCAAAUAAAAGAUUCUUUAAAGAAAAAGGCCAAUGAAUUGCUAUCUGAUCUUGAGAACAACUACAAGCCCCAGUGGAAUGAUUUCUCUGUAUAUACAGGAUCUGCUGGUCUAGCAUUACUGUACUUCGAGGCCUAUGAAAAACUAACGAACGAUGAAAAACGAAAACAAGACUAUCUUGAAACUUCUACGCGUUAUUUAAACAAAUCCCUGGAGCACAUGCACGGAUCAGAAGUUACAUUCCUUUGUGGGAAUGCCGGACCCAUGGCGGUUGGGACUGUCGUGUUCCAUCACGCCGGGAUUAACAUUAAGAGUGAACAGUGCUUGGAUGGCCUCCUAUCUCUAUGCCAGAAAGCACUAAACGAACCAAAUCUCCCCAACGAAUUGUUGUACGGUAGGGCUGGUUAUUUGUAUUCACUCAUGUUUGUUGAGGGUUACCUUGGAUUCGGAAGUAUUGAUACAAAUUUACUAGCUAAGCUAGGUGAAGUUAUACUCACAAAUGGGAAAAUGUUUGCAAAAUCUCACCAAUUCCCAUGUCCGCUAAUGUAUGAAUGGUACAACACUCUAUAUCUGGGGACAGCACAUGGCAUAACAGGCAUUUUGUACAUGCUCCUUAAGUUGAAAGAUAGAAAUUUGAUAUCUCUACAUUGGCACAGUGAUAUAAAGGAGACCAUUGAUUACCUCAUGACUCUCAAGUAUCCAUCUGGGAAUUAUCCAGCCGCCAUAGAAGACAACAGUGUUGAUGAGUUGGUGCAUUGGUGUCACGGCGCACCUGGAUGGCUCUACAUGUUUCUAGCUGCUCAUAAAUCGUUCGGCAGUCCCAGGUACUUACAGGCGGCAGAGGAGUGUGGGGACGUGGUCUGGCAGAGAGGUCUGCUCAAGAAGGGCUACGGUAUCUGCCAUGGCGUCGCUGGUAACGCAUUUUGUUUCUUGGCAUUGUACAAUGCUACUAAUAAAGAGAAACAUCUCCAUAGAGCACUAAAAUUUGCAGAGUUCAUCUUUGAAUAUGGCAAGCAUGGCUGUAGAAUUGCCGACACUCCUUAUUCACUGUUUGAAGGAAUGGCAGGUACUAUAUACUUCCUAAUGAACGUCAUGCAUCCCAAAUAUGCCAAGUUCCCUGCGUUUGAAAUAUAAUUGAGUUUUAGUUUAAACAGUUUUUCAUUUGUUGUAUAUUUACCAACCUUUUGUUGUUUGCAGAUUAUUUCUUCUUUGUAAAUAAAUCUGACCGUGAAUUAUUUAUAUUUUCUUCAACUUAUUGCUUAAUUUUUUACAAUUUGAAUGAAAUUCAUGGACAAGAAACAAAAAAAGCAAAAGGUUUCGCCACAUAUGUCGUAAUGUAGCACAUAUUUCUUAAUUGAAAUUGUUGGAUAUAUAUGAUAUUAAAUAUAAAUAACGUGUAAAAAAACAUUUGUUUCAUUGUUCAUGUUUGUUCUAUUGAUAUUUUCUUAUGAUUUUUGCCACUAAAGUGAAUGAGUAAUAAU